UCUCAUUCUUGUCUUUAUCUCGUCAAAUCUUUUUAAGACCACAGCCGUGUUCAGCGCCCGACUUCACAGCCGUUUGCAUCCGGAGCUGAAGAAGAAGAAGAACCCACCGGCCGUUGAUUCUUAUCCGAGAGUGACAAGAUGUAUACUUCAAUGAAGAAGAUCCACAAGGAUAAGGGAUCAGAUCCCACUGAAUUUGAGGAAACUGUUGCACAGGCUUUGUUUGACUUGGAAAACACUAACAAUGAGUUGAAGAGUGAUCUUAAAGAUUUGUACAUCAACACAGCUGUGCAAGUUGAUGUGUCUGGUAACCGCAAGGCUGUUGUCAUCCACGUUCCUUACAGAUUGAGGAAAGCUUUUCGCAAGAUUCACCUUAGGUUGGUGAGAGAGCUCGAGAAGAAGUUCAGUGGGAAGGAUGUUGUUUUCAUUGCCACCCGGAGGAUAGUGAGGCCACCUAAGAAGGGGUCUGCAGUUCAGAGGCCACGUUCACGUACACUAACUUCAGUGCAUGAUGCCAUUCUUGAGGAUCUCGUCUACCCUGCUGAGAUUGUUGGCAAACGUACCCGAUACAGAGUUGAUGGAUCAAAAAUCAUGAAGGUAUAUUUGGAUAGCAAGGCACGCAAUGACACGGAGUACAAGCUCGAGACAUUUUCUGGAGUCUAUAGGAAGCUCUCUGGAAAAGACGUUGUUUUCGAGUACCCAAUUACAGAGGCGUAACUUUUCUUGCUCCGGUUUAUACUCGAUUCAUGGCAGAAGCUUACAAUUUCAUUUAAGAGAUGAACGAGUAAACCCGAAGUUUUGACAUGAGGUUAAAUUGAACGAUGAUUUUGCUUUGUAAUAGGAAAGCCAGAAACACCACCAAAACAUGUUAGUUUUGCUUUCCAAUCUUGGUUCUUGUUUUGUUUAAAUCUUUCAAACAUAUGUAUUAGUACCUUUCUUCA